AUGCCUUUCUUUGAAACACUGAGGGCAAUCCACGAGUAUACUCGAGAUCGACAAAAUGCCUUGCAGGCCAACAAUCAAAAGCUCGCCUUGAGGCUUGCUGAUGUCCUUUGGCGCACAUGCGACCUGGGAUUCACAGCAUUUGGGGGCCCGCCUGUACAUUUUCAGAUCUUGCAUAAGCGAUUUGUCGAUGGUCAUGGAGGCGUACCGUGGAUUGAUGAGCAAACGUAUCAAGAGCUCUUCGCAAUAUGCCAGGCCUUGCCAGGACCCGGUUCGACCAAGAUGCUGUUCUGCAUGGCUCUCAUUCAUGCGGGCUUCAUCGCAGCGGUUUUCGUCUUUCUUAUAUGGAGCCUUCCUGGUGCUAUUGGCAUGUACGGCCUCUCACUCGGAGUUCAACGCAUCAACACGGUUUUGCCCGGUGCAGCGUAUGGCUUCCUAUCAGGCUUGAAUGCUUCAACCGUGGGGAUCGUCGCCCUUGCUGCUGUUAAUCUUGCAGACAAGGCUAUAAAGGACAAGCUGUCAAGAUGCCUCGUUAUCUUCGGUGCCUGUGCAGGCCUUUGUUACAACUCCCUCUGGUAUUUCCCGACCCUCAUCAUCGCUGGCGGCAUUCUCACUGCAUUGUGGGACGUACGUCUUCGGCAGGCUCUCGCUCGACUCAGGAGGAAAUUGAAGAAACGAAGGUCAAGACAAGACACCACCGAACAGGGAGUCAGUAAUGACGGCGACCAAAGCAUCGAGUUGAGGCCGCCAGGGGACGAGCGAUCUGCUGCAGUGCAGAGAAGAGGCGGAGAUGCAGUCGCCUCGUCGGAGCGCCCAGCAUCACCCAAGCAAGGUGAAUCUUCCAACGUGGAAGCGCCACCUGCGACAGCACCUUCCACCGAUAUGCGUUCUCACAGCGUCUCGGUCAAAGUAGGUCUCUGUAUCAUCGUGGUCUUUUUCGCGUCGUUCAUCGCGACACUCGUGGUUCGUGGCCAGCUCGACUCGCCACCUCGACCUCUUGAUCUUUUCGCAAACAUGUAUCUUGCCGGAACAAUCAUCUUCGGAGGCGGUCCUGUCGUGAUUCCUCUGCUUCGGGAAUACGUGGUCGAGUACGGGUGGGUGUCCUCGAGAGAUUUCCUCAUUGGCCUUGCCAUCAUACAGGCGUUUCCCGGUCCCAACUUCAAUUUUGGUGUCUACCUUGGGGCUUUAGCCCUUUUGGGCACGCCUCAGCCGACAAUACUUGGGGCAUUGAUGGGCUACAUUGGCAUCUUUCUGCCUGGUAUUGCGCUUGCUGUUGGCGUCCAGGGCAUUUGGCGUGUGCUCCGAACCAAGGCUGUCGUUGUCAGUUUCCUCCGUGGUGUCAAUGCUACAGCGGUCGGACUCGUGUUCACCGCUGUAUAUCGCUUGUGGGAAAUUGGUUAUCUCACGCCAGAAGUGAGCCAAGGCCAGAGCCUGGCGGAGGAACCGUGGUGGGUCGUGGUCGCGGUUUUGACAUAUGCAGAAUCAGCUUGGUUCAGUGUACCUGCAGCCCCGGCCAUCGUUCUUGGAGGGCUGCUAGGUCUGGCUUGGUACGGAGCGGUGGGCAGGAAUACGCUGGGUUGA